AUGCUGAGUACAAAUACAUGGUAUCAUAUCGCAUUUAUCUAUGAUUAUCCAACACGUACUCAGUUCAUCUAUAUCAAUGGUGAUUUGGAUAUAUCACGCAGUGGAAGUGGCCCGUAUUUGGGCUUAUCAGGUGAUUUAACUAUUGGUACAGGAAAUAUAACUAUGCCGGAUAACUAUUUCGAUGGUUGUCUAGAUUCUAUUGCAUAUUAUCCUUGGGCAAAGAAUGCUACCGAAAUAAUGAGUGAUGCAAGUUUCGUUUGCUACCUCAAAUUCGAUGGAAAUAAUCUUAUUGAUAGUGGACCAUUAUCGAUCAGUGGAACAGGAAUGAACUAUUCCUAUACAUCAUCAGGUCGUGUUAAUCAAGCUCUAACACUUUCUACAUUAUCAUCUUAUGUUCAGGUUACAGGCUUAACACGAAUAGGAAUACAUGAUUGGCCAUAUACUGUUUCUAUAUGGAUCUAUCCAACGAAUACUUCUGGUGGAACAAUUAUGCAUUUGAGCAGUCGUCUCGAUGGUGCUCAAAUCAACGGUUGGUGUUUACCUAUUAUGGGUUUAACUUCAUCGGGAGCCAUAGCUAUCAAUAGUUGGAAUAGUACCAACAUCCCAAUUAACGGACCAUUUGUUCCUCUCUUCACAUGGACUCAUGUUGCGGCUACUUAUUCACAUAACAACGGACAACGCUUAUAUGUGAAUGGUAGCCAAUAUGGAACAAGUUCUCUUCCAUAUACUUUCAACGCUGGCGGAGUUCCGAUGACGAUUACACUUGGAAGUUCACUGCUAGGAUUUAACGUUUGUAAUACAGGUACAAUUCAGAUGGGACAAUUCUACGGAUCACUCGAUGAAUUUCAGAUUUAUGCACGUGAACUAUCGUCAUCUGAAAUUUAUGUUCUUGCUACUCCAUGA